AUGUUUCGUAUCUUAUUGAAUAAUUACAUCAGGGUCACUAAUGUCAGCUUUUUGAUAUUAUUGAGUGAUUAAUAACUUUAUAGUUAAUCAAUUAAUGGAAUUUACAAGUUUAAUAUUUUUUUAUAGCAUUAUCACCUGAAUUGAGAAAUCAUAUUUAUUCUCUUCUAUAUUUCACUUAGGAGAAAAGAUUUAGAAAUAGAUAACUUUAUAUAGAUUCAACUAAUGUAAAAAUUAAUAAACUCAGCAUCUUUGAGUUUAAUAGUUGAUGCACACGAAUUCUGAAAAUUAUUCAAAAAAGAAAGCUUACUAAAUAUUCAAAGAAGGUGAUUGUUUAACUUAUAUUAAGCUAUUUCCAUUAAGAUUUGGAAUAUAAUAGAUAAAUAUAGUUAAUAAUGAUAUUCACAUACAAUAAAUAGA